GAAUUCGUCUUGCCCAACAGCUUAUCUGAAUUUGCCUUGUCUUACCAUGUAACUUCUCCAACCAAGAUAUAUUAAUUAAAAAAAAUUAAUAUAUUUACCUUGGCUACAGCAAUUUUAUUAAAUUUGUUCUUUCAACCUCGCGAACGCGAUGUUUCAUAAUUUGUAUAAACCAAACAUUAAUGAAAAAGAACGUCAGGAAAUACGGAGAAAAGAACUAUUACAGCAACAAAAAAUUAAACGCUUGGAACAACAAGAUGAACAGAGGAAUCUUAAAGACCCACAUGCUAGUGAAUAUAAAGGAAAGUUUUAUAAUAAAAAGCGUAAGAUUAACACUAGUAUAGAAAAUAUAAAUCUACAACUUUCUGAAUGGCUUAAGGAGAAGCCAGAAAAUUUUGAUGAUUGGCUUUUAGUGCCAUGUCCGAAGGGUCAACGUUGCUUAGUGGUUGCUGCAAGAGGAGAAACUAAAAUGUUUAGCAAAAAUAAAAAAUAUCGUAUGACAUUCUCUAGUAUAUUACCUGGCGGUGGUAUUUUAGGUUCCUGCAAUGACUACUGCAUAUUGGACUGCAUUUAUUGUAAAGAAAUGGACAUUUUCUAUAUACUAGAUGCAUUACAUUUUUCAAUACCUUUGGUGGAUUGUGAUGCCGAAUUUCGUUUCUUUUGGUUAAAAUCCAAAUUAAACGAACUUGACGAAUUUGAAGGAAAGCUCAAAUAUGAUAACCUAAAAUUGUUUAAACUUUUAGAAAACUAUGACAUGUCAAAUGAGGAGCGUACAUUUGUUGCUCUGCAACGAUAUCCCUUAUGGGUGGAUAAUCGACCACAGUUAGAUGGUUUUCUAUUUUAUCAUAAAAAGUCUCAUUACGUAUAUGGUACUACCCCAUUAGUUUGCUGGUUAUUUGCGUUUAUGCUGCCCGAUGUAUUACAAAUGGCAGUCAGUCGCUGUUAUGCAUCUCCAGAUAAUUACUGUAAACAGAAUCCUUGGCGGUAUAUGGAUGAAUUUGAUAAACGGCUAAAAAUAAAACAUUGCAGUCAAAAGGAAUAUCCUUUAGAAAAAAAUUCUACUGCAAUGGAUGAAGAUUUGGAAUAUAUAGAAUGGGACAUAGAUGAAACCAGAUCAGAUAAGGAUAACGAGCUAGAUUCUUUACUUACAGCGGAGAAACUUUUAGAACUGGAGGAAGGAAAAUGA